AUGGCCACCACCACCAAGAAGUGUCACCUGCUCGCGCUGCCUGCGGAGCUUCGUAACACAAUCUACGACCUCGCCGUCACCGACCACACAGUCGACAUCGACAAGCAAAAACGCGCCGCCCCCGGGCUGUUGCUGGCUAGCAGACAGACACACGCCGAAGCCAAUGGCGCUUACCGGCGGAACUCGAACUUCACUUCCAAGAGCCCCACCCUUAUGCGCCAGUUCCUAGAAAGACUCGAGUCGGGAAAGUCCAGGUUGAUCAGCACCGCCACUUACGACGCUACUCGUUUAAACCGAAUUGAAAAUGGCAUAGAAGUAUUCUGGGCACAAGAAGUCAUCUUCCGCAUCGCCCGACAUUUGACUGAGAAAAAUGUCGUCCUGGCGCGCGUUGAUGCCAUCAGAGUCGCACUCAGUACUGCAGAGGGCGGAGUCGUCAGCACCGCUGAGCCAUAG